AUGGGGAACGCGACCGGUCGGGCCCCGCGGCGGGGGGAACCCCGCGGGAAUCCCGGCAGUUUCGACGAGCUCCACCGCCUCUGCAAAGUACCCCCCCCGACAACAACGCCCCCCCCAACCCCGAGGCUCCCCCCCCCCCUCGUGCUGUCUGCCUCUGUUGCAGCCCCUAAGUGGGUGACGACGCUCAACGUGGGCUACGGGGGGGCCCACGCCAGCUACUACCACCGGGCCAACGAGCAGGUACAGGUCGGGGUGGAGCUGGAGGCCAACACGCGGCUGCAGGAGACGACCUUCGCCUUCGGGUACCAGCUCAACCUGCCCCGCGCCAACGUCGUCUUCAGAGGGCUCCUGGACAGCAAUUGGAGCGUGGGGGGGGUGCUGGAGAAGAAGUUGCCCCCCUUGCCCGUCACGCUGGCCCUGGGCGCCUUCCUGAACCACUGGAGGAACCGGUUCCACUGCGGCUUCAGCGUCACCGUGGGCUGAGGGCACGGGGGGCACAAGGGGCACGGGGGGCACUGUCCUGCUCAGGGAGCCACUGGGCCUGGCCCCGGGGGGGCCACAGGGACGCCACGGCCUUGGGGACACCAUGUGACAGCACGGGGGGGGGCCCGUUGUCCCCGGUGCCACCAUGUGGGGGUGGCUGCUGCUGCAGGUCCCCGGGGGGGCCGGGGGUCCCCGUUGUCCCCACGGUGCCACCCGGCCGUGCCUCAGUUCCCCCCCCCAGGUGACACACGGGCUGGCUCCGGGGGGGCCUGGCUGAAUAAAGGAGCUUUACUCUGU